UGCUCCAUGCCGCAGCCCGCAUUUGAAUAAUGAAUAUGGUAGUUCGUAUCUGAGUUCCGCGAUUUAACGUUUCCCGUGUUACGUGUAGAAGUAAUGGCUGACGAAGAAUACGAAGCUGAUGAUGUUGGAGAUGACUUUGAAGAAGUGGAAGAAGAUGAAAACCUAGAAGAUCUUCAAGAUGGGGAGGAGGAGGAGCAUGCUGGUGGCAUCGACAUCUUGCCUGCAAGUGAGGGGCGAGCUGUGCCUAAAAACAAACGUAUCACUACCAGCUACAUGACCAAGUACGAGCGGGCGCGCGUGCUGGGCACCAGGGCGCUGCAGAUCGCCAUGUGCGCCCCUGUGAUGGUGGAGCUCGAGAGCGAGAGCGAUCCUCUGCAGAUAGCUGCCAAGGAGCUGCGAGAACAGAAGAUUCCUCUGAUCAUCAGACGUUACCUGCCCGACGGCUCCUAUGAGGAUUGGAAGAUCGAUGAACUCAUCAUGUCUGAUUUUUAAGUUAUAUGACGUUUCUUAUGUCUUCAUUUUAUGUCUUCUAAGUUGAGCUCAUUUUAUUUCACCGAGUAUUCAUUCUAUCAUCUCAUGCAUUUGUCAAGAAUGAAUUGGCUGUUUGUAAUCCACCAGUAUCAUCCCUAAUUUUAGGACUAUUGUGAUGUAGCAGUAUACAAUAUCUACGUC